AUGAGCGGUGGAACACGAAGCAAUCAGUCGAAGACUAUGCAUUGGACUGUUAAAGUUGACGGUGGUCCAAGACGUGUUAAUCAUGCAGCCGUUGAGUUGAAUGGAUUUAUUUACUCGUUUGGUGGGUUCUGUUCCGGUGAACAUCAUGACGGAAAAAUCGCACUCGAUAUUCAUGUUCUCGAUACAGAAACAUACCGUUGGCGUAAACUGCAAACACGUAACGAAGAAUCAAUGGGUUCUGAGCUAUCGCUAGGACGAGAAUUAUCAGUGAUACCGUAUCAGCGAUACGGGCAUACCGUUGUAGCAUAUCAGGGUAAAGCCUAUCUGUGGGGUGGUAGAAACGAUACGUAUGGUACAAGCUCAAAAAUGCAUGUUUUUGAUCCUGAAACAUGCACGUGGUCAUUACUGGAUCGGGUUGGUCAAUGUCCACCCGCACGGGAUGGACAUAGUGCAGUUGUUUAUGAAGAUAAGAUGUUCAUUUUUGGUGGUUUCGAAGACGAAACACAACGAUUCAGUCAGGAGACCUACGCGUUUGACUUCAAAACACUGCAAUGGACCGAAAUCAGAGCAACCGUAACCUUUAUUUCUCAUUUUUGUUUCUUCGUCAUAUUCUCCGGCUCACCACCACUAUGGCGCGAUUUCCAUACGGCUUGCGUUCUCGACAGUAAAAUGUACAUUUUCGGUGGUCGAAGUGAUCAACUUGGUCAAUUUCAUAGUUCCAGAGAUUUCUAUUGUAAACGUUUGAAGGUGCUGGAUUUGAAGAAAUUCGAGUGGCAAGAGCCGAACGCGUCUGGUGAUUGCCCAUGGGGAAGAAGGAGUCACAGUGCAUGGGCAUACAACGGUCGUAUGUACAUAUUUGGUGGAUAUAUAGGUACGUCAAAGGUACAUUUGGGAGAUUUGUAUGAAUUUGAUCCAACCAAAUGCAGAUGGCGAUUGUUGACUCCGUUUGGUGAUGGACCAUCGCCCCGAAGGCGGCACUGUACGGUGCUCGUUAACGAUCGACUUUUCCUUUUCGGAGGAACGAUGUGA